AAAAAAUAUCAAAAAUUAAUAUUUUAUAAAACUUCUAGCUAGCUUUAAAAUGCAUAAUAUAAUUUAAUAUUUAAGCAAAAAGCAAACCUAAUUUAUUUUCUCUACAUGUAGAGUUUCAAAAAAUUAUUGGGCUAAUUCUUUUAAUUCAAGGGUUAUUAAAAACUUUUCUACAACUACUACUGAAAUGAAUGAAUCAAUUCAUAAUCAAAACACAUAAUUCCACCUGAGUUAACAAGAAAAAUAGAAUCUUGAACUAUUGCAAUUAAAGAAAGAAAAAAUUGAUUUAAUUGACAGUAAUUUGAUUGAUAAUUAUGAGCUGAAUUUAAAGAACUCUCUCAGAAUUAAGUCAGAGUUAUUGCAAGAUGAAAAAUACAAAGAUUAGGAUCUCUCUAAACAAAAUAACUUAAUUUCGAAAAUACAUGGCUGCAAGCAAUUAUAAGAAAUUUUAUAAUUAUUUGAGGAUGAAAAAGAACAUUUCGAUUUAAAUUGCUACAUAAAUUGUUUAAGUAUGAUUGAAGGAGAACUAAAAAAGCAAGCCUUAAAAAGCAGUGAUAAACAUCUUUUAGAUGAUAUUCGCUAUAAGAAAAUUAUUGAAUACACUUUUUCUCAAACUAAAAACUUAGAUGAAUACUAGAGAAUAACCUUGCUUAGUUGGAUAGCUAAAAGCACAUAACAUCAUACUUUAAGAGGUUUGCAGGAAUCAGAAAUAAAAGGCUUCUGUUUAGAGAAUGAGAAAUUGAUUAGUGAAGGCUAUUUUAACUUUUACAAUUUAGUUUAUGUUUUAUACAAUUUCGAGCUUUUAUCCUUCAAUAGCAUUCAGACUUCUGAUAUAAUCUAUAACAUAGUUGAAAAUAAAAAAGAAACAUUAACAAAAAAUCAGGCAUAACUUUUAAUGUAUAUAUACUCAUCAAAAACGCUUAGACACAUUCCUCUAUCUCUAAAUGAAUUACAAUUAUCGUAUAAAUGCUCUAUAUUUUUAGAAAAUUAAUUAGACAACAUUUCUUUACAUAGCAAAGCAAAAAUUUUUUAGCAUCUCUCUACAAUUUAGCACUGCUUCAAUAGACCAUAUUUUAAAAUACCUCAGCUUUUGUAUAAAUUGGAAGCUUAAAUAUUAUAAAAUCUUAAUUAGCUUACUGAAUAAGAAAUAAUUAGCAUAGCUGCUUCGUUUUAAUAUAUUCCAAAUAGUUUUAGUAACUCAAUUUUGACAGAAAUAUAGAAUAUCAUUUUUACUUAGACCUAAAAAGAAAAUUAAUUUGAUGUUUCAUUUAAUCUUGUUGUCAAUUUUGUCGUAAUUUUGAAUAAAAUGAGAAAAGUAUAUUUUACUGAUCAGGAAUACUAAAGUGUUUCUCAAUUAUUAAUCAGAAUAUUUAAAGAAUAAUUAGAUAAAGGUCAAAAUAUAAACGUAGAGUCUUGGAUACAAUUACUCAUGAAAAUUAAAGAAUUAAAAAGUAAAGAAGUGAAUGAAGUAAUUUUGUAAUGUUUAAAAAUGAAUUCUAAUAAAAUUUAGUUUUCUUUAUUGGAGUACCUUAUUAUAGAAAAUGUUGAUGUUUCUGAAUUUUUAUCGGAGUAAAUUCUUAGCUAAUACUUAAAUUAAGCAGAUUAAAUCAGAUUAUAUGUAAUUUUGUAUGUGGCAAACCUUAAAGAAUCAAAAACAUUUUAAACUAUUGAAAAUAAUAUUGAGGAAUGCAUCAAUGCUAAUUUUAAAAAAUCAUUAGAUAGCUUUACAAAUUCCCAUUUAAAAGGUUUUGAGAUUUAUUCAACUAUUUCAAAAAUAUUCAUUAAAAAGCUUUAAGGAUAAGCAAACGUUAUGCUAUAGUACUCAGAUUCAGCUUAUUAGUUCUUUUAUAUGAUGUCUAAGCUAUUAUACUUUUAAACAGAUAGAAUUUUAUGGGUAGAUUGGAUUGAUAAAAAUGAAAGGCUUUUAAAACAUGGCAGCACAACGAUUCAUUUAUUAUAAGCUUUUUCAAAUAACUAAAAUAAAAAUAUUAGCUAACUUAUCACAAUAGUCCACUUGUCACAAUAUUACUACUUUUCAUUAUAAAGUUUGCUCAUCUAUUUAAAAGAUACACAAUUUGUUACAAUUAAAUUAUACUCUUAUGGAAAUAUCAUAAAAAGAUUGUUUAAGAUGAUGUCAAAUAAAUUAAAAGACGGAAGUACUUCCAAUCUUAGAUUGGAUCUUAUUUUUUCGUUAUAUUUGAUUCUCUAAAAUCUUAAUUUUUAUUAAAGUUGUGUUGGAAAUUUGUUAAAGUAAGCUUAUCUCUUCAAACUGAAUGAAUUAAACAAAAAAAAUAACCGUAUCUAAUAAAAUUUACCAAACUUAGUUAAUGAAUUAGAAGUAGUGAGUUAAAAUUACCCAUUAAUUUUAAUGAAAUUGGAUGUCUUCCCCGAAGAAUAUCUAGUAUCUUAUUACAAUAAAUACUUUAACAGCAUAUCUAGCAUGUAUCAUAGAGCACUUCUCCUAAGUUAGAUAAUAAAAUAUAAAAAAUAGGAAAAUAUUCCUAACAUUCAAUAAAAUUUAAAAGACAUUUUAAAUGAAGCAUAAAACGUUAUCCUAGAUUAAUCAGUUGAAUUUCCAAAUAAAGUUGAAUAGGUCUAAGUAUUUCUGUUAUUCCCUUAUUCUGUAUUUAAAGACUACAUCAAUAAUGGCUAAGAGUUUUCUUUAAGCCUAAACCAACUUAUUUAUGAUAACUUAGAGAACUUAAACAAAGAAGAUUUUAUUAACAUAAUGAAUGCAAUAAAUUUAGAUGAACAUUCAACCUAUCCAUAGUUUUAUAAGCCACUCCUUAACUCUUUAGUUGCUUAUUUUUCUAAAAACUUACUCGUUUUUAAAAAUUUUACUAUGGUAUCUUUUCUGAAAAAGUUCGUAGAUGCUAAAUAUUUAAAUAUUGAUUUCAUAAACUCCGUCAUACAAUUUUCUUCUGUUAAAUUUUAAAAAUUCACUUAUGAGGAAAGAGUAGGGCUUAUUAGUUAUUUUUCAAGUUUGAAAAUUGUUCAAAAAGAGUUUUUCAACUAAAAUUUUUUGAAGAUCUAAGAAAACCCAUCUGCUUUUAGAUCAUAUACAUUUAAGCUACUUUAAAGUAUAUUCUAGUUAGGAUAUGUGUCUAAAGAUAUUGAAAAAGGUAUAUUAGCUAUAGUUCAAAGUGAUUCAUAGAAUAGUAUUUAAGAUGUGAAGGAAUUCUAUUUAUAUUGCUCUGUCCUAUUAAUAAAUUCAGAAAUUGAUGUUGAAUCUAUAAAAUAUAUUAAUAUGACUUAUUCUAAAUAAAAUCAAAAAAAAUCUUCAGAAAAAUAUCAAAGAAACAAUGUAUUCCCCCAUAUAUACCACUUAAUAGUUGAAAGGAUGCUAUAAAAAUUACUAGGAAAUGAUUAUUAACAAUAAAUAUAAAAUGGCCUAAUUUAGAAUUAAACUAAAUAACUCGACAAGACACUCUCCCUGUAAAAAAAACAGAGGGACAUCCAUGAAACUCUUUCAAUAAUCCUUAAAUUACUGAAUAUUUAGCACCAAAUUAAUUACUAUUUCUAAAAUGCUAAUAUAUAUUGUGAUAUUUAUCUCAUAGAAAAAAAAAUAGCUAUAAAUUUGUACCCUAAUUCUUGUUUUGCUUAUGAUGAACAAACACCCUAAGGAUAAUAUACCUUGAUUAAAAACUAUAUAAAAGUAAUGGAGCCUUAAAUAAAUGAUGUCAAAAUCCUAAAUGCCAGUUUAUUUAAAUUUACAGACAUGAAUUAGCAAAAAGACAUACUCAAUUAAACUUUUAACUUAGAGUUAGAUUUAGAGCAAUAUUAGUCAAUAAUAAAAAAAAUAGAUGUUAAUUUUUUAAACCUUGAACAAAACAAAAAUUGA